AUGAUUCCAACACGCAAAAUUUUAAAUUCUCGUACGAACUCAUACUAUACGCCAGGUACUCAUAGAAUGUCAAAUGCAAUGUUGAGGGCAAGAAGGCCUUAUUUCUGGGGUAAUUUACUUACAUUUGGUGCUUUACUCACAAUUCCUGCAGGGGUUUAUUAUUAUACAUUUCACAUCCUGCAUAAGGACGAUUUCGAAGAUAUUCCUGUGCCUCCUCUUGAUAAUGAACAAGUUAAGGAGUUGCAAAAAGAAUACAGGGAAGAAAAGGCGAAGAAGGCCCUGGAGAAUACCCCAAAGCAGUAA